CUUCACCUACCGCAAGCAAAGAUAAUCUCGUCGCGCGGCGGCGGGGGGGCAAUGUCAUCAGCGCCGGCGCCGGUGUUCGAGAGGCUUGCAGGGAUCCGACCCCUCGCCGAGUCCGGCCGCUUCAAGGCAUGGUUCCUGGACCAGUUUGGUGUUCUUCAUGACGGCAAGAAACCUUACCCUGGCGCCGUCUUGGCAUUGGAGAAGCUUGCGGGGAAUGGCGCGAAGAUGGUGAUAAUCAGCAACUCCUCGAGACGGUCGUCGGUGACCAUGGAGAAGCUGAGCAGCCUUGGUUUCGACACGUCUUGUUUUCUUGGAGCGAUCACUAGCGGGGAGCUCACGCAUCAGUACCUUCAGAAGAGGGAUGACCCAUGGUUUGCGGCUCUUGGAAGGAAGUGUAUCCAUCUGACAUGGGGCAGCCGAGGAGCAAUUUCUCUGGAGGGCCUUGGUUUGCAAGUUGUGAGCAAUGUUGAUGAUGCAGAGUUUAUACUAGUCCAUGGUACUGAAGCCCUGGGUUUGCCUUCAGGUGAUCCGCUUCCCAAAAGCCUUGAGGAGCUUGAGCAGGUUCUAGUGCUUGGUAGUGAAAAACGACUCCCAAUGGUGGUAGCUAAUCCAGAUUAUGUCACUGUUGAAGCUCGAGAGCUGCGUGUCAUGCCUGGUACUCUGGCAGCAAAAUAUGAGAGCCUUGGUGGUGAAGUAAAGUGGAUGGGAAAGCCUGAUAAGGUUAUCUAUACAUCAGCAAUGUCCGUAGCAGGUGUUGAAGCCCACGAAUGUAUCACCGUUGGGGAUUCGCUGCAUCACGACAUCAAAGGCGCUAACGGAGCAGGAAUGGCAUCUGCGUUCGUCACCGCAGGGAUCCAUGCGGCUGAACUUGGACUCAACGAAUUUGGAGAAACUGCUGGAGAUGAUGCCGUCAGCGCAUUGUGUUGCAAACAUAGCUCAUACCCAUCUCAUGUGUUGCCUUCAUUUACAUGGUAGAAACAGAGUUCCAGACUCAGGUAUACCCUUUACACUGGGAAACGUACUCUUUUGAAUUGCUGAUGAGAGCACGGAGGUGUUUCUGUGCUGUGCCAAUUUGUUAUGUAUUUUUUGGGGGAAUAAAAUCCAAUAUUGAUUUGGUUGAUAGGAACUUUGAUGCCAGAAUGGACCUGUAUGCCUGUACUUAUUCAGUUAAGUACAUAUCUGCAAAGUUUUUCUUUGACCA